AUGCCGCCAGCGCAAGAACGCCUCCCCGUCGUCAACGUCUCUGUACCAACGACAGUAUGUGGGAUCCGAGUCGAUCAGAUUUUAGCAUACGAGACGCCCAAAAUCGUCUCGAUCCGCAGCCCCAAGUUGGGCGCAUGUUACUUUUUUCUGGUGUGUGCGGCAGUGAGCUACAUUGUGGGGUAUCAGAUUCUGUACCACAAUGAACAUUUCCAGUUGUUUGAUGUAGAAGGGAAAGUGCGGGUGAGUCUCCAAGAGCCAACUUUAGCUGGGUGUGAUCCGGACGAAGAUAGCUGUGCUGAUGACUUCACACCUGCGGCGGAGUUGGCUUAUUGCAGUACGGGUACUGCCAGUGGAGAAGGAGAACGAGGAGAAAUCGGUAGUGCUGCAUCAACCUCUCCAUCCUCUGGUACAAAGAAUCGGACAACAGUAGAGGCAAUUUCAGCGGCAAUCAAACAAGACAAAGAUGUUACCCAGCGCCGCUGCAUCUUCCGAGAUCAACAUGCCGUUGUUCCGUCUCCAACAGGAGAGAACCUCUUCAUUCCGACUCGCAUAGACUUCCGGCGAGAAACGCAGUGCCCCGAAGGACCAGACUCUCCACAAUGUACGAAACUGUAUACGACUGAUGGGGAGCUGGAACAGGUAUGAAAAAAAAAUCGGUGGUCGCAGAUCUCAACUGGCUACUUUAGUAGAGCAAGUGAGUUCCAUAGCCAGACACAAGUACGGACUUUUCACAUGACAGCCACAAUCAAGUGAGCACUUUCCCCAUCAUGAGUCCACUCUCAAUCUUGCUUUCCCCACUAACUCUUUUUCGUUUUCCGCACUAACUCUUUUUCGUUUUCCCCACUAACUCUUUUUCGUUUUCCCCACUAACUCUUUUUCGUUUUCCCCACUGACUCUUUUUCGUUUUCCCCACUAACUCUUUUUCGUUUCCCCACUAACUCUUUUUCGUUUUCCCCACUGUCUCUCUUAAUCUUGCGUUUUCUUAGCGGAUGUCGAGGAUUUUACAGUUCUGUUGGCGCAUACGUACUAUCGCGAGAACCCGGCGAGUCCUAGCGAAUAUCUGGCAGGCAACAAUGCGGUGCACCAAGGACUAGUGGAAAUGUGCGUGGACGAACGACAGAUAAGUCUGAUUUAUGUACUGUUUUUUAGUUCAAGAAGAGGAGCAAGGUCUUGAGGGCGAAAAUAACAACUGAGAUAAGCAAGUAACUGAAAUAAGCAAGUAACUGAUCUUCAGAAUAACCGAGAUACUGAUGAGAAUGAAGGGUAGCUGUGAUGUUAAGCCGCCUCCCUCAUUUCCGUCAGUAACUCGGUUAUUUUGAGCUUUCGAGUGCGUGAGUGUUCGACUGGGGAAGCCUUGUCACGACUAGGUAUGUUGUUUCCGAAUAGAUUCAACUCAUCACGAUCUACUAGGAUCAUGACCUACCAUUGUUUCUUUGAAAAUAUAGGUGCUUCGUCGGUCACGGUUGUUUUGUUCGUAUCUCUAUCUCGCACUCUAAUUUUCUGAAAAAGGAGAGCAAGUUAUCACUAGGACAAGGUCGAAAAGCUCUUCCAAGAAUCCGGACAACGAGCAUGAGGAGGACUGGAAAACAGGAGCAAAAAGGAAACGCAGACAACAGCGAAACACGAAGAAGAAAGGCUCUUUUCUUAAGGCUUUCGAUAUAAAAUUGAUCUUGUUCUUGUUCACAAACCAUUUUCCUAGAAGAUCUGUUGUACCUCCAAUUUCUUAGAGGACCAUACCGAAGCAGAAGUCGAUCCACGCAGGGAAGUCGAGAAACUUGGGACGGCGUCUCGGGAAAUGCUGGAGUCCAUGAUCGCUCCAUUCAAUGCAGCACAUGAUUGUCCGCCUCCAUUGGUAAAGAAACGAGUUCCGAUUCCGUUUAAGGCCAAUUCAUGUUGUAAAAGAAGCCUAGUUCUGCACCAGAGCUGCCAGAAGUGCCACUAGGGUUCGAACUGACUUAUGACAUGAUUUCUUUGUUCAUCCCUUUCCUUUUUGUUCAACAUCCCUUUGCUCUUUGUUCAACAUCCCUUUGCCUUUUGUUCAUCUUCAUCCCUUUGCUCUUUGUUCAUCCCUUUGCUCUUUGUUCAUCCCUUUGCUCUUUGUUCAUCCCUUUGCUCUUUGUUCAUCCCUUUGCUCUUUGCUCUUUGCUCUUUGUUCAUCUUCAUCCCUUUGCUCUUUGUUCAACAUCUCUUUUCUCUUUGUUCGAACUGACUUAUGACAUGAUCCCUUUUAUUUGUAUUGUCUCAAAAAUCCAUCGUCUAACCUUCGCAUCCGUCCCGGCGCUUGUCUUUUUGGUGACAUUUACGACAAAAGCGACACGCUGGAGGACAUCGUGGAAAGUAACAGUGGCGAUGCGGAAGUAGAGCUUCUACUACAACAGAAGGAGAAGGAAGAGGAUGCAACAAGAAGAAGUACUACAAGUAGUCGUGCUACAAGAACAAGUAGUAUUAAUAGUAAAAAGCAUGUUGAGCAUGAGAACUUUGGUUUCCUGUAUCAACUACACCUUCUGAUACAUCGUGCUUUCAAGAGAGUGCAGAGAUUCGUGGUGUCGUUGCAAACCGGGGUUGACUUAGAGGAUCUGUGGACGCGGAGGUACAUGCAGAUUCUGUAUGAAGAACAUCUACUUCGACUACGUCGUGAUGACUUGACAGCUGUCGAUGUUUCUCCUUCUGCAGUUGCAACCCCUACAAGUUUCUUGCAAGAAGAGCAACGUGACGAGGAAGAAAUGGAGAUGAAAAAGGGAGAAACAGAAAGCACUAGUAGACGAAAACAAGAUUUUAGUCCUCCUACUCUCUCAUCACGAAAGCAGCGAACAAACCGCAACGCCAGCGAUGUUUUCAACAUAGCACGACGCAGAAAGGCGCUGAAGAUGUCGAAACAACGGACGACUUCUACCAGUAAGGCGUCAUCUCCUACUUCCAGGAAGUUUUUGCCAGAAGCGUCAUCUCUUACUUCCACGAAGGUACCACUACCAGGAGACAACCAGGGCACUACAGUAACGACCUCUAGUGGCGGAGGGAAAGCCCUCUCCUUCUCCAAGAGACCCCAAAAAAAGGACAUGUAUGCUCUGAAGAACGGUGACGUGUUCUCACUCGGCCGCCUACUUGCGAUCGCAGGUGUAGAUCUAGAUCGACAACGCGACACACAAUUAUGGUCAGCUUCUAUCCACCUAUCUCGGCAUCUUGGUGCCCUUUUGCCCUGUAUUCUCAAGAAAUACAAGAAGGUAAAAGGUGAGGCGGGCGAGAUGCAUUCUCGCACACGCUAACAGAAGGGAAGAGCAAACGAAUGGCAGGGACGCAGCUGGAAAUCGUGGUGGAAUACAGGAACUUAUACCCUUGGUGGAGUACGUUCAAUCCGAGACCUGACGAUCGCGCGAUCGAGUAUUGCUAUCGAGUGGUGGAACGACCUGUGGGCAGUUUCAAACAUGAGGUCUUGACAGCGCAACAGCCGAAGGAGUAUCCGAAAUUAUGAUGGUACAUGAUGAUGAUUGAGGAUCCAACUAUUAUUUGCUAGCACCAUUCACUGAAUUAGGAGGCGCUUGUCGCUACCUGUAUUAAAAUUAAUCCUAUUCAUCUUAUUCAGAGUUUUUUCUGUUCUGAUCCUUCCCUUGUUGAAAAAUACAACUUUACCAGUGACGAGCCUUAUUUGUGGACCUCUUUUUACCACAAAAAUGACUGCUCCAGUGCAAUCGUCCUCUUUACGAGCAUUUGCUCUCUGUCUACUUUCAGAAAGAAGAAAAUUUCUUCUCCUCCCUUUCUGUCCUCCUCCUCUAAUCCCAAAGCGCCUCAUCGAGAACCAGCAUGGGUUGUCAUUGCAAUUUCGCGUUGGUGGAAGUUUCGGGUUUUUGAAUUUCAUUUAUCUCUUGGUCAUGCUGACUACAUCCUUGGUCUUGCUUGCUGGAGCGAGGACGUUCAUCGACCUCUGCGCAUUGUACCUCUUUCCUGAGAGGAAAAGCUAUAGAGAAGCGAAAUACGAAGUAGCGGAGAUUGAGACGUUUACGAGUACCGCUUGAAGAGCUGCUAGUAAGGAGUUGGAGUCAUCUGAGCAGUAAACUGAGGACGAAGCCCGCGUGCAGGACAAGGGUGAUUAGUAGUGCUUGAAGAACUCGGUCGUGUGGGUCUGAGGAGGAGCAUUCCUUCUCUUUGGUACAACUAGGGAUAGAAACGUUUACCGUUUAGUAGUGCAUGAUUGGAGGGUCCUCAUCCGUGACUUACAACGAUUCGUCAAUAAGUUUUUCCUUUCUUUGUUUCUUUCUUCCUUCCUUCCUUCCAGUGGAUCUUCCUUCGGAUUUGGUUAGCCCAUUUUUUUCCAUUUUUUUUCCAAAAAAACUAACAAGAACAACUCGAAACCUACUUUUGAAGUGCGGUGAAGGCAGAAAGAGAUGGUAGUCGUGGUCUUCAGUUCGACGUGUUGAGGCAACGGUAGGGUUGUAGCCCAUCAAAAGAGUCAUGGGAAAAUUGUAAUUGUACUCUUUUCGUCCCCGCCUUCUCUGAAACGGCACAUCAAAGAAAGUAGAAAAUAGGUGCAAACUGGACUCAAUUCGUAUGCAUCCACACGUGGUGAUUUAGACUUUUUCGAUGAUCUUGACUUGAUCAAG